UGACGUGGAUUAUAUACAACUACCAUAUACCUUAUUAAUAUGGUUGGGUCGAGAUGUUAUGCUUCUACUUCUCACCGGUUUCAACUUAUUCCUAAGGUUGCUUCGAGAUACAUAGUUUGUUGUUGUAUAAACCAUACACAAAGGGGAGUAAUUUCAUCACCAUCCAACAGAAUGUUUAGCUAAAUUAGGACAAGAUCACACCAUUUCUGUAAACAUAAUAGGUAAAUGAACGCCUCAUCGCCCCUUAUUAAUAUGGUCGACAUGUUAUCCUUCUAAACCUCUCCACUGUUUCAGCCAUUCCUGACACUGUUUCGAGAUACGUAAUUUGUUGUCGCACACAUCAUACAUAGAGAUGUGGAGAGUAAUGCCAUCACCACCCACCAGAAUGUUCAGCUAAAUAAGGACAAGAUUGCAUCAUUUCCACAUACAAUAAGGAAAUAUGAAUUGCCUCAUUCUAACCACCAAAACACAUUGAAUAAUCAACAAGUUGUGGGGGUUGAGUUGAGGUUUGACUUGUGCCUAAUUUAUGGAAGAACGGUAAUGGGAGUUGGUUAAAGACAAUACCCAAUGGAGUAGGUUGGAAGAAGAAGAGGAAUAAGAAGAAGCCAGAGAGAGCUUGUGAUUGGUGUAGAAAAACAGAGGAAUGGUAGUUUGAUGGAAAUGGAACAAAGGACAAGGUGGCAUCAAAUUUAGCAACCGUGCCUCCUUCGGUUGCUAAUGCAAACAAAACCCAAAACCUCCUCGCAUGAAAUGAGGAAUUAUUUGGUUACUAAUGGUUGACUUUUCCUCCUUGAUCCUUGGGAUUGUGUCCCUUUCUCUGGCUAAUUGUUAAUUCCUUUUCCCCCUUUUCCAUCACGUUGACCCAAUUCCCUUUUCCCUCAUUGGCUCUGUUUUUGUAUCUAAUCUAACGCUGCAGAAUUAUUGGGGGGAACCAAGGUAGGAAUCCAUCUCAGGAUCUUAAACUAAUCUAAACCCAAUAAUGUUAAUUGCUUCUCGAUUAUGGAGGAAGGGAGUCUCGUUCUGCAGCCUGCUUUUCUCUUCCUCUUUUUGCUUGCCAAUUAUGGGGAUCGCCAAAACAGCUGUUGAAAGUAUGGAAAUUGGGAAGCAAAGGACCACUGGUGCUUUAUAUGAAGGAGAUCAUCAAAGUGUGUGUGAUGGAUGUGGGUUGGGAUUUGGGAACUAAGCAAUGUGGAUGGUUUGGAAUUUUGGACACACAUUCUCUCAUACCAAGACACUUUUGAAGAAGUUGAAGUGCAAAACUUACUCAAGAUUGUUGUUUAUUGUGUUGGGAAUGUAGUAAUUCAAGGAUAUAUGAUUUUGUUGGGAAUAAAAUUCAGGGGUAUGAAAUUCUGCGUCUUGGUCAGACUCAGAUCUAACUACAUGAAAAGUCUUGUUUAAUUCGGCUUCUUGGUUAAAACUUACUCAAGGACCAUUGCUUGCUUUUCAUAUUGCGUUUGUAGCAUUACAUGAAAAGUCUUGUAAGAGCUCUCUAGAUACACUCUUAUAUUUCAUGAGAUAGACCCAAAUGCGCCUUUAUAUGUCAUCAAUUUUUUCCAAGUUGACCCAAUUCCUUUAUUUCAUGAGAUAGACCCAAACACUUUGGAAAAGUUUGAGUGUUAAACUUACUUAAGGUUGUUCUUUAAUAUGUGUUGGGAAUAUAAUUGGGGGAUAUUUGAUGUGUAAUGCAGUGUUGGGAAUAUAAUUAAGGAAUAUGAAAUUUUACGUCUUCGUCAGAUCUAACUAUUUUCUCUUCCUUUUAUAUACAUACCAAUUGGUAUAAAUGAAUUCCAUAAGUUUUGAGGAAUUCAUUUUGAAAUGAAACAUUUUUGUGUUUGGUAUUUAAAAGAAUUCAUUUUCAAUUCUAAAAUUUGAAUUAUAAGGAAUUGGUACUAGUUAUAGCAAUUCCGAGGAAUUGAGAUGGAAUUUCCAAAUGAAUUCCACAACUAUUUACAAAAUAUAAUAGAAUGACAUAAUUAUCUCUAUAUUAACUAACUUACUUAUAUAUAUGACAUACCAAACACAGAAAUUCAUUUGACAAUGAAUUCUACACGACAAUUCAUUUUAUUUCUAAAAAUUUAAAUAUGACAUACCAAACACAAGAUUUCAUUUGACAUUGAAUUCUACAUGAUAAUUCAUUUUACAAUGAAAUAAAUUCUUGAUUCAUUUAGUACCAAACAGUCUUAUAGUUUAUUUGUACCAUUAGAUCCAAGACAUAGCAAAAGGACCUCAAAUGUCUACAUGUAUGAGAUAAAACAUAAAUACUCCUUAACACUGGUUGGCUUUAAGAGGAAAGAUGCUUAUGUUUGGCACAAUAACAAACAUUACAAUGAUGUGAAAACUCAACACCUAUACUAGGAACAACAUUUUUUUAAUUCUUUAUCCUCCUUAUGCUGAAGAAGGUCCUGAAUAUAUCAAAGGUCGGACACAAAAGUAAGUAGCACAAGUAAAGAGUUAGUGAGUUUGCUAAAUGAUUAGAUUAGGUUGAAAGAGAAGGAUGGAACAUAAAGAACUUCAUGUAUAACUAGACCAUAUAGAAGUUUGACAAUUCCAAAAUGUGUUAGCAGGGGUGUUAGUACCAUUGGCAAGGUGAUAAACACAUUUUGAAUGUCAGUGUAUCUGAUGAAAUUAGAAUGGAACCAAUGUAGUCAAAAGCGAGUUUCUAUGUAGAAACAUUUUGGUGAUCUAGAAGCGUAAAAUCGUAAGUUUUUAAGUUUUAAAGCGGAGUUUUUAACUACAUAAGUUGUAAAAACUUAGAUUUUGUGUAGAAGCGUUUUAGUGACCUAGAAACGUAAAAUCGUAAGUUUUUAAGUUUUAAAGCACGAUUUUGACUACAUUAAAUGGAACAACCAUGAAUUUUUGCUUUUGUGUCUAGAAACUACAAAUUGACAAGCUUCAAUGGAUGUUUUAGGAACUAUGAUGAGAGGAUGUGCAUAUGUACUCUUAAUUCAUGAGGUUAAUAUAUACCUAUGAAAGUGUGGAGGGCCGAUCUGACUCUUGAACUUCUAAAGUCUGCUCAAAUCAUUCGUAGAGAAUAUGAUGUUGGUGAAAUCAUCUUCAAUUUUAGGUAAGCUCAUGUUCUCUGGUUUAGAAAAAAAUUCCACCACUCUUUAUAAUUGUCUAGUAAAUCCAAUAGAGACCC